UUCAACAACAUGAUGUUUAUUUCAUGUUUAUCAUACUGAAAUAAUAGCAAAAAAACAGAUGUUUGUGUUCAGAUCAAAGCGAAAAUCGACCUGUAUUCUUACGCAGCAAACAUAAUAAUUUAUACUUUUGACUCAUCUUCUGAAAAAUGGUUUAAAUGUGAUGUUUAUCAUUUUAUAAACUUUUUACAAUUGCCCUACAUCGCUCAUACGGUAUUCAUUUUAUUUGUGCAGCUCUAAAAAAGGUGUUACACGUUUUUUUUUUUAUUUGAUACGCAUUGUGUAUGAAUUAUAUUUAUUUUUCUUCUAUAACCUUUGUCUUACGUGAGAAGUGAGUUAAUUUAAAUGUUUCAGCUGCGCCAUUAACUAACAUGAUCAAUCAAUUUACUCACAAAUACUUGAGAAUUGGAUGUUUCAUCAUAUGGAUAAGAAGUUUGCCAAUGUUUCCAAAACAAAGGACAAAUGAAAUCCAAUACCUCAGCGCUUUUGUUGUUAGGAGCAUAACGCCCUUCGCUCCUUUGAAUCAUUUCUAAUACACAAUUAUUUACAAUCUUGAUUUUUAGGACAAAAAGCAUAUUAUAUUUAAUCUUUAAACCCUCAAAAUUAUAGUUUGAUCUGGCUGAAUAAAAGUAUCGUGCUGCUAAAAAGCCAACGAAGAGAAAAAGGUGUGUGUGUAUUUCUAUUGUUCAGACACACACACACACUCUCUCUCUCUCUCUCUCUCUCUCUCUCUCUCUCUCUCUCUCUCUCUCUCUCUCUCUGUGUGUGUGUGUGAACGAGCGCGCGUGCACGAUCAUCCCGGGACAAAGAGAGACGCGGCUCCGCUGAGACGCAGCAGAUGAUGAAGGUGUUGGUGUGCGUGAUCGCGCUGUGGGGCGUCGCGGGCGGAGCGCGGAGCUGCGGAGAGUCUCGCCGGGUGUACGGAGAGAAGCACGGGCUGAACACCGCCCCAAACACACACAUCAGCGGUGAGCACCUACGUCUUUGUCCUCGUGAUUACACCUGCUGCUCCAGUCUGAUGGAGGACACGCUUGCACAGCAGAGUGAAGCUGACUUCCUGUCUGCAGUCCAGGACACCAGCCAGUUCCUGCUCACCACCUUCACCCAGAGACACCACAAAUUUGAUGAGUUUUUCCAGGAGAUGAUGGAUGUGGCAGAGAAAUCCAUGAAUCAGAUGUUCACGCAGACUUACGGUCAUCUGUACACGCAGAACGCUCUUAUCUUCAAACAGCUGUUCUCAGACCUGCGGCGCUUCUACACAGGGGGCAGAGUGAGUCUGGCCGAGGUGCUCUCUGAUUUCUGGGCAGGACUAGUUGAGCGUGUGUUCGCUCUGAUUAACCCUCAGUAUCAGUUCAGCGAGGACUAUCUGGAGUGUGUCAGCAAACACGCAGAGCAACUACGGCCAUUUGGAGAUGUUCCACAUAAACUGUACAUUCAGGUGUCACGAGCGCUAACAGCCGCACGGUCGUUGGUUCAGAGUUUGGCUGCUGGAAGAGACAUAGUGAACAAGGCAACAAAGUUGAUGGUAAGAUCAGAGUGUAUUCGGGCAUUAAUGCGGCAGUGGUUUUGUCCACUGUGUCGUGGACUUCCUUCCCUCAAGCCCUGUCAUUCGCUGUGCCUGAACGUCAUGAAGGGCUGCCUGGCCAAUCAGGUUGAAUUAGACUCUGAAUGGAACAACUUUAUUGACGCGCUGAUGGCAGUGGUGGAGAAACUUGGUGGGCCAUUUCAUUUCGAGUUGGCCGCAGACUCCAUCGCAGUGAAGGUGUCUGAAGGAAUCAUGUACAUGCAGGAGAACAGCAUUACAAUUUCUGCAAAGGUCUUUCAGGGCUGUGGGAUCCCUAGGCCAACUCCAGCCAGAAAUAAACGCUCGUCCAAAGAGAGAGACGGCAAGAGAGCCUUCAGGACUUACAGCGCUGAGGAGAAACCCACCACCGCAUUAGGAACAAACCUGGACCGACUGGUGGAGGAGCUGCAGGAGCGUCUCCGGCCCAUGAAAGGAUUCUGGGUAGCGCUGCCUCACACCAUAUGUAAUGAUGAACGCAAGACAGCUGACGUGACCAAUGAGGAUCGCUGCUGGAACGGACAGACACGCGGCAGAUACCUGCCGUCUGUUACUGCUGAUGGUUUGGUGAAUCAGAUUAAUAAUCCAGAGAUGGAGGUGGACGUUACCCGGCCAGAUGUCAAAACACGGCAGUUAAUCAUGGAGCUGCGAGUGGCUGUAAACCGACUGAAACAUGCUCAGAACGGACGAGAUAUGGAUCUCAUCGACAGUGAUGUGGAGGCUGGCAGUGGCUCUGGAGUCGGAGCUGAAGUAGGUGAGCGGUUCAGUGAUGAUUGGCCGGCUUAUGGCUCAUUCUCUCCACCUCGCAACACUCUCCCAGUUGAUGAGUCAUCUCGCCCCCGUGACGAGCUCCGGGACACGCCCACCAAUAAAAGGAAAAGGCUAAAUGGACGAGCCCAAUCGGAUGCUGCAAAACUCCUACCUUGUGUGGUGCCAUUUCUUCUCCUUCUUACUGUCUGUUUUUCACUCUCUUCAUCUUGUGGCCUUUAAUGUAGAUCAAACUCUCACCUGCCUGAACAAGCACAGACACCAGCAGCAGAUCCGCACCGCCCCAUAUGAACGUCCUGUAGAACAUUUGCUUUUUACAUUUGUCCAUUUUUACAAACCAUUACUGUGGGUUCUGUAGUUAUCUCUGAUUAGUUUGCGGACUGUGUUCAGCUGAUCUUGUACAAUCUAACUAUUUGGACUGAAUCAACAUGUUUCUGUAAUCAUAAGGAGCAUUAGUUUGAUCUGUUGACUGUUUUUUUUUUUCCUCCUAUAAUGAUGUUUGUAUUAUAUUGAAUGUACAAUACUGUUGAAUGUUGAGAAGUUUAUCAUUUUGAAUUUAAUUUCAAAUGUUGAUUAUAUUUUAUUUAUUUAUUUAGCCUUAUGUUCAGUGUGUGUAAUGUAAGUGUGUAUGUGUAAGCACACAAGUGAUUUUUAUUUUAUUUUACGAAAACGAGCAGUAGCAUUAUGCUAAAAUGAAUGAUUAAAAUCAUUCUUCCAGA